AAUUAUUACAUAACAAAAAUAUGUAAAUAAUUUUUUAUAUAAAUUUGUGUAUAUACACGAGCAAAAUGUUAAGUCAGGUGAAUGCCUUCGUCGCGGGGUUAAAGUCUAGAAAUGUGGACGUUCAGACCAAAACAGCAAGAGAACUUUAUCACUAUGCCAAAACCGAACUACGCGAGGUCCCUCAAGAGGAGCUCACGUUGUUCCUCGAUGAAUUUAACCAUCAAUUAUUUGAAAUGGUCUCCAGUAACGAUGUCCACGAGAAAAAGGGUGGUGUUCUGGCUAUAGUAUGUCUCAUUGGAGGAGACUGCGAUACUACAAAAACGAGAAUAACAAGAUUUGCAAAUUACCUAAGAAAUUUACUGCCAUCUUCUGAUGUGGGUGUUAUGGAACUAGCAGCUAAGACUGUUGGUCGACUUGCCACAGUGUCUGGUGUCAAAAGAGCUGAAUAUGUAGAAUUUGAAGUAAAAAGAGCCUUUGAAUGGUUGUCAGAGGAGAGAAACGAGGGAAGACGUCACUCAGCAGUUUUGUUACUAAAAGAACUGGCUAUUGCCAUGCCUACAUACUUUUACCAACAAGUAUCUGGAUUUUUUGAUCACAUCCUAGUUGCUUUGAAGGAUCCCAAACAACAGAUAAGAGAAGCAGCAGCUAAAGCAUUGAGGGCUGGUCUAGUAGUAACUGCUCAAAGGGAAUCUGCCAAACAGUCCACUGCCAGGCCGCAGUGGUACAUGCAGUGCUAUGAGGAGGCUAUGAUGCUUCUGGAAGAUGCACCUAUCAAGGAAAAAGGAAUAACAAGGGAAGAUAAAGUCCAUGGGGGUCUACUCAUAUUAAAUGAGUUGCUGAGAUGCUCAAAUGCCAAUUGGGAGCAGAAAUACUCUUACUUAAUGAGUAGUCUGGAUGUGCAGAAGGAUAUAACAGUCUCUGAUGACAUAAUCUUCAUCAGCUCUAAGCUGCACAGCCCCUCUGUCAAGCGAGGGUGUCUGAGUGAUGGAUUCAAGACUGAGAAUGUACAAUACCCAGUUCCUAUUUAUGAGUCUGAAGUUUGCAAGAAACUGCUGGCAGAGAAAUUCGAGAGGAUCUGUCAGGAUGUUAUGUCACAGAGAAUGUUUAAAGCACAGGGGGUGUCACAGAUUAUCUUAAUUAUAAUUCCAAGACUGGCAGCAUUUCAUAAAGAGUUAUUCUUAAAGAAAUACCUUAAUUCUACAAUGCAUUAUUUACUGACUUCCAUAAGAAGUAGGGAGAAGGACAGGAAUAUGGCAUUUACUACUUUAGGUUUAAUGGCUGCAGCUAUUGAGGGGGACAUCAGAAACUAUAUUCCGAGAAUAAUGGAUGUCAUCAAGCAAGCUUUGCCAGUGAGAGACGCUCAAGUUAAGAGGCGCAUAUGGAUUGAUCCCUCAAUAUUUGCCUGUAUCACUCUCCUAAGCAGUGCUGUGAAAGAGCUGGUCAUAAGUGAUAUAAAAGAACUCCUAGAUGCUAUGUUUGCAACUGGUCUAAGCCCCUCAUUGACUAUAUGCUUGAAGGAGCUGAGCCAGAAUCUUCCAUCACUAAGAGGAGAAAUAUCAGAAGGCCUCCUGAAUAUGCUGUCUCUUGUGUUGAGGAACAAACCUUUCCUCCAUCCAGGGGUUCCAAGAAGCUUAGAGCAGCAGAUGAGCAAUAUGAAUCUGGUAAUUGAGCCCCAAGAUUCGGCCAGCAUUGUUUUGGCUUUAAGGACCCUUGGCACCUUCCACUUUGAAGGUCAACACAGCCUGCUCACUUUUGUGAAACGAUGCGCUGAACACUUCUUGUACAGUGAUCAGCAAGAAGUCCGAGUAGAGGCAGUAAAAACGGCUGCCAAACUCUUGGCAGAUGCCACAGAAAGAACAAAAGAGACACCAUCUAAAACACUGUCAAUACUUACAGCUGAAGUAGUUGGAAAGAUGCUGGUGGUUUCUGUUACUGAUCCAGACUAUGAAGUCAGAUAUUGGGUGCUAGAAUCGUUGACCUAUAUAUUCGACACUCAUUUAGCGCAAAUAGAGAACCUUAGCUACCUUUUCAUUGCAAUGAAUGAUGAGCACUUGGAAAUCCGCGAGUUGGCGAUUUGCGCAAUCGGAAGACUUAGCACAGUAAAUCCCGCGUAUGUUAUGCCUGGCUUACGCAAGAUAUUGAUUCAAUUUUUAACAGAAUUGGAACAUUCUGGGAUGAGUCGUAAUAAGGAGCAGGCUGCAAGAAUGCUGGACAACCUGAUUCUGAACGCCCCUAAGCUUGUGAAACCCUACAUGGAAACUAUACUCAAUGUUCUUGUACCGAAGCUCAAGGAAGCAGACUUGAAUCCGGGCGUCGUAAUCAGCGUAUUAAAAGCUAUCGGCGAUUUGUCAGAUGUCCAUGGUGACAAUACAGGAUUAAAGAAAUGCUUGAAAGAGUUGUUGACGAUUCUUUUGGAAUUAUUGUCCGACGCCAGUGCCACGGAUAAAAGAAGCAUCGCUUUGUGGACGUUCGGCCAAUUGAUAAGCGCAACUGGAUACGUAGUUGCACCAUACACUGAAUAUCCCAAUUUAAUGGACGUCCUCUUAAACUUUUUAAAAACGGAGCAACAGCCAAAAGACAGACGAGAAACUAUACGCGUCUUGGGAUUACUCGGCGCUCUAGAUCCUUACAAACAUAAAAUCGCGAGAGGCCUCAGAGAUGGUCAGCCAGAUUCUAGCUUAGUGCCAGUCACGGAUAGCAAAUCUGAGGAAAAUAAUUUCGAUAUGACGACAAGUGAGAUGCUAGUGAACAUGUCUUCACCACUUCUUGAUGAAUACUACCCGGCCAUCGUUAUAUCGACGCUCAUGCGAAUUCUUCGAGACCCAACUUUGCAACAGCAUCAUACAAGUGUAGUCCAAGCGGUGACUUUCAUUUUCCAGUCGCUCGGUAUUAAAUGUGUCCCCUACAUUUCUCGAGUGACGCCUAGCUUGUUGUAUGUCGCUCGAGCCACAGAAAGCAACAGUUUCCGAGAGUUUCUGUUCACGCAAUUAGCCAGCUUGAUCGCGAUCGUAAAGCAACAUAUUCGCAAUUAUUUGGACAAAAUAUUCGAUCUGAUUAAAGAGUUUUGGACGCCAAACAGUCCCCUGCAGCCGACUAUUAUAGUGCUAGUCGAAAAUAUAGCUGUCGCGCUUGGUUCGGAGUUUAAAGUGUAUUUGCCGCAACUGAUGCCUCAAAUAUUGCGGGUUCUGGCUCACGAUACGAGCAAGGAUAGGCAAGUAACAGAUAAGCUGUUGUGUGCGCUUCAAAAGUUCGAAGAUAAUCUCGACGAUUACAUGCAUUUGGUGAUUCCGUCGAUUGUGAAGCUUUUCGACGCCUCUGACUGUCCUAUCCCAGUGGCUAAAGUCGCCAUGGAAACGGUUGACUACCUCUCAGAUUCUUUGAACUACAGUGAACUGUCUUCAAGAAUUAUCCACCCGAUUGUCCGAAGUUUGGACACGUGCUACGCCCUACGAAAUACCGCUAUGGACACGCUAUGCGCCUUGAUCGUACAGCUCGAACGUAGAUACAUUGACUUUAUUCCUUUGGUUCAAAAAGUCAUCGUGAAGCAUAGGAUUCAACAUCAGAACUACGAGAAGUUGCUUGCCAAAAUACAGCAGCCUAAGUCCUCUGGUGAUGUGGACGAUUUCAUACAGAACUCGCGACGCAAACCAAGGAACAACAAUCAAGAGGCCCGCAUAGUCCCAUGCGACAACUCGCCGUCUUUCCGCAAGCUUUACGUGAACGCGCAGAGCCUGAAGGUCGCGUGGACGGUCAGCAGCCGCGUCUCCAAGGACGACUGGCUGGAGUGGCUCAGACGGUUCAGCAUCGGCCUACUCACUGAGUCCCAUAGCCCGGCUCUUAGAGCAUGUCUGAGUCUCGCUCACAACUACUCGCAGCUUCUACGCGACCUCUUCAAUGCGGCGUUUGUGUCGUGUUGGACUGAACUAGACUCCACCUCCCGAACUGAACUAGCCAACGCCUUAGAGCAGGCGUUAACAGCACCUGAUGCGCCAGAGUUGGCUCAUACAGUACUCAAUCUAGCUGAGUUCAUGGAACAUUGUGAGGGCGGGGCCUUGCCUAUAUCCGCCCAUUUACUUGGAGAAAGGGCUAUGCAUUGCAGAGCGUAUGCCAAGGCACUUCAUUACAAGGAAGAAGAAUUUCGCAAUGGAGCCACUUCUCAAGUAGUUGAAGCCUUGAUUCACAUAAACAAUAAACUGCAGCAAAAAGAAGCUGCCGAGGGUUUGUUGGAGCGCGUUAUGGCCCAGAGGGAGGCCGGUGACGUUAAUUUAGAAGUGCAGAUCAGAUGGUACGAGAAACUACACAACUGGGAGAACGCUUUGAAUCUAUACGAGAAGAAAUUGUCCGCUGACCCUGAGAAUACGGAUGCGUACUUGGGAGAGCUUCGCUGUUUCGAGGCUUUGGGUGAAUGGGUGAAACUAUACAAUACCGUGUCGAGGAAGUGGCCUAGAAUGGGCGAUCAGGAGAAGUUCAAAGCGGCUAGACUAGCCGCAGCCGCCGCGUGGGGUAUUAAAGAGUGGGAGUCCAUGACCAACUACGUCAAUUUCCUGCCGGAGAACACUCAAGAUGGAGCGUUCUACCGAGCAGUACUAAACAUACACAACAAGGAUUACAAGAUGUCUAAAUUCUAUAUCGACCAAGCCAGAUCCAUUCUGGACUCCGAGCUGACUGCCGUCGCCGGGGAGAGCUAUCAGCGAGCUUACGGAGCGUUAGUCAAUGCCCAGCUCCUGGCCGAACUAGAAGAGGUGAUCAUUUACAAGUCUGAGCCGGAGCGACGAGACUGUAUAAGACAGGCGUGGUGGACUCGUCUCCAGGGUGGACAGAGACUGGUCGAGGACUGGCGCAAGAUCCUGCAAGUUCGAAGCCUAGUUCUGACGCCACAAGAGGAUAUGGCCACCUGGUUGAAAUUCGCGUCCCUAUGCCGGAAGAGUGGCGCGCCCCGCCAGGCCCAUAAAACUUUGGUUAUGCUUCUGGGUACCGAUCCCAGCAAGAACAGGGACUUGCCUCUUCCGACGCACGAGCCGAGAUUGACUCUUGCCUACGCCAAGCAUUUGUGGGCGGCCGGGGAUAGGCAGCUCGCCUACGACAAACUGCAGGGCUACGUCGAAACCGCCGACAAUAUCGACUUCAGGCUGUUGUCUCGUUGCCAUUUGAAGCUAGGCGCCUGGUGCGAAUCCCUCCUUGGCAUCAACCACCUGUCCAUUCCAGAGAUCCUGCAUAACUACGCCGCCGCGCUACCUCCGGACCACCAAUCCGCGUCCGACAAAACCUGGUACAAAGCUUGGCACGCGUGGGCUUACAUGAAUUUUGAGACGGUCUUAUACUAUAAACAUCAGGAGGCGGACGGAUCGGACGCAAUGAAAUCGUCCGCGGACUACAUCGAGACCCAUACUGUACCGGCGGUAGUAGGCUUCUUCAAGUCCAUAAAUCUAUGCCAUGGAAGCUCCCUCCAGGAUACGCUCCGUCUUCUAACUCUGUGGUUCGACUACGGCCACCAUCCGGCCGUUCACGAGGCGUUGGUAGAGGGAAUCAGGACCAUCGAAGUCAACGUCUGGCUACAAGUGAUCCCACAGUUGAUAGCCAGGAUCGACACUCCGAGACCUUUAGUCGGGAAACUCAUUCACUCCCUCCUGAUUGAUAUCGGAAAAUCCCACCCUCAGGCUCUGGUAUAUCCAUUGACCGUAUCCGCAAAAUCGUCUUUCGUUGAUCGCAAGAACGCCGCUAAUCAGGUUCUGAAGUCUAUGGGCACGCAUUCCAGUAAUUUGGUCGCCCAGGCUGCUAUGAUCUCUGAGGAGCUGAUCAGGGUAGCCAUACUCUGGCACGAGCAGUGGCAUGAGGCUCUAGAAGAGGCCUCUCGGCUCUACUUCAGCGAGCACGACGUCAAAGCGAUGUUCAAAACUCUGGAACCUCUACACGCUAUGCUCGAGAAGGGCCCGAAUACGUCGAAAGAGAACUCCUUUACAGCUGCGUACGGAAGGGAUUUGAACGAGGCUCAAGAAUGGUGCAAUCGUUAUAAGGAGUCCGGUCAAAUGCGCGACCUGAACCAGGCCUGGGACCUAUACUACCACGUGUUUCGUCGCAUCAGCCGGCAGCUACCGCAGCUGACGUCGCUCGAGCUGCAGUACGUGAGCCCGCGGUUGUUGUCCUGCCGUGACCUUGAGCUGGCGGUUCCGGGGUCGUAUGCCCCAGACCAGGAGCUGAUAAGGAUCGCGCAUAUACAGACUAGCUUGCAGGUCAUCACAUCAAAACAGCGACCACGUCGUCUAUGCAUCAGAGGAUCCAACGGCAAAGACUACAUGUUCCUACUCAAAGGCCACGAGGACUUGCGACAAGACGAGCGAGUUAUGCAGCUUUUUGGCCUUGUUAAUACACUACUCCAGGCCGACCCUGACACCUUCAGAAGAGAUUUAGCCAUCCAGAGAUACGCAGUGAUACCGCUCUCGACUAAUUCUGGCCUGAUUGGCUGGGUUCCGCACUGCGACACGUUACACUCCCUCAUCAAAGACUAUAGGGAUAAACGGAAGAUUUUACUCAAUAUUGAGCAUCGCAUCAUGCAACGGAUGGCGUUGGAUUUGGAGAAACUUAUGUUGAUGCAGAGGGUGGAAGUCUUUGAGCACGCACUAGAGCACACAGCGGGCGACGAUUUGGCCAAACUCCUGUGGCUCAAGAGCCCGUCGUCUGAAGUGUGGUUCGAGCGUCGCACCAACUACACCCGCUCUCUCGCUGUUAUGAGCAUGGUGGGAUACAUCCUGGGGCUUGGGGACAGACACCCGUCGAACAUAAUGCUGGACCGCGUGACGGGCAAGUUUCUGCACAUCGAUUUCGGCGACUGCUUCGAGGUGGCCGUCACCCGCGACAAAUUCCCAGAGAAAAUCCCGUUCCGACUCACCAGGAUGCUCAUCAACGCUAUGGAGGUGACAGGCAUCGAGGGCACCUACCGGAAGACCUGCGAAUCUGUGAUGGAGGUCCUCCACCGACAUAAAGACAGCGUGAUGGCCGUACUCGAAGCGUUCGUCUACGACCCGCUCCUCAACUGGAGACUCGUAGACGCGGCCCGGCGGAGCCCUGCGGACGAGCCUUCGCCCCCGUCGGCCCCGGCGCCUCCGCCCCCCGCCGAGACUAAUUUGAACAAGAGAGCCCUAGCUAUAGUCAAUAGAGUUCGUGACAAACUCACGGGAAGGGAUUUCCCGCACAUGGAAGAAGCGUUGACGGUGAGAAGGCAAGUGGAGUUGCUUAUACAGCAGGCGACUAGCAACGAAAACCUGUGCCAGUGCUACGUUGGCUGGUGUCCGUUUUGGUAAACUGUACUCGCAGAUAACGGACUAAGGUUUAUGUUCUACUAUAUAAGUUAAUGCUACUGUGCAAUCGAGAUAGAUGUUUCUCUUAUUUAUUAGAUCUUUAAAUUGUACAUCGAGCCACAUUCCUCCGUUGCUUUACCGCAGCGGUGACCAGGGGCGUCUCUCCCUUAUGUGCAGGGUGUGCGUUGCACACGGGCGCUGCGGCCCUAGGGGCGCCGAGCGCCGCUCGCAACGAAGCCCCACUUGGCGCGCGGUUCACAAGUUUCUUUGCAGACAGAAGCAUACACAGACAGAAUGCUCUGAAACUCAGUCUGUUGAUGCUGGUGUCCCUCAAGGCUGUGUA